AUGGAGACGAUCGCUUCCCUCCCUUCUGCUGUCGAUUCGCUCUCGUCGUCGCUCCUCUCCCUCCCACAGCAGAUAACGACCGCGAACCUCUCGCUCCUCACUUCGCUCUUCCACACCCUCUCUUCCGACCUCCAACCCGUCCUUCCAACCCUCUCCGCUCUUCAAACCGAAACGAUCCUGACAAACUCGACGUUCCUAUCGACCAACCUCGCCCAACUCGGUUCGAUAACAGCCCAGAUCCCUCCUGCGGAUACGGCGGCCGCUUCACCCGCUGACUUGGUCGGCAUUAUCGAGAUCGGUACGACGCGAUACGACAUCCUCACCUUCUGGGCUCCAGAGGUUUGGAGUAUCGUGAUUGUUUACGGGAUCGCGGCGGUGUUGAAGGGCGUGUUGGGGGUGAUGGUGAGUCGGAGGAGUGUGAGGAGGACGAGGGAGGCGAUGGAGAGGAGGGAGGCGGAGGGGAAGGGCGGGAGGGUCGAGGGCGAGGCGGUGAAGGCUUUGCUGGCUAGUCCGGCGAGGGCGGCGCUCGGCCAUGCACUCAAUUUUACGGUCGCGACGAUCGCGCUCGUCCUGCAGUGCUUCGCCUGGCGACUGUUCGUCCUGCCCAGCUCGCCCGUCCGCAUGAGCGACAUCAAGUAUCUAUCGACCGCUAUGAAGACGCUCCUUAUCGGCUACGGCUGCGACAUGUUGUUCUCCGACUUGCGCCCCGAGAUCUUCCUCCACCACUUCUUCACCUUUGCGCUCCUCCUCGUCGGCCAACUCGCCGCCUUCGAGACCAAGAGUCCCAAGUUCUUCCGCCUCGCGCAGUACCUCAUCCUGCAAGCGACGGCUGAACAGACGACUUACGGCGGGAUGGUCGCCUACCACCUAUCGAAGUACUACGCCGUGCAGGAUUGGCGUCCGCGUCUUCAGCGGCGUCUGCUCGUCGCAGCGCACAAGCUCCUCGUCUUCACUACGUGGAUCGCCUGGCCGCAGAAGAUCCUGCCUGCCGCCUUUGCGCUCUACUGGCUAGGUCGGAUGUGGAACGAGAUUGACCACCUCCCUUGGGGUCGCGCCUGGAUUGUCCUCUGCACUGUCAUCCUCAGUCUGCUCCUGACCCUCCAGAUCAAGUUCUGCGACGAUGCGAUCCCGCUCGCGAACUACAUCGGCUACAAGCUCUACGGCGGCUCGUUCCCCUCUCGCGUCGGGCCCGUCAUGCGCAUCCUCACCUCCCCCUUCCGCCGUACACACCGCGAGCGCACCCCCUCAAGUCUCCCCCUUUCGACCAUUGUCCCCGGCUCGUCCGCUCCAAGCGACUUUUCGUCGACUCUCAAGGCUCGUUCGAUGGAGGAAGGCAAGAUGGAGCAGUUCGACUUGCCAGUGCUCGAGAGCGAGUCGACGAAGGAGGAGAGGAGGAGCUUGACGGCUGAUCGAGCGAGCGUCGCCUCGAGCGCCUCGUCCGUCGCCGAGACCCUCCCGCGUCCCUCGUCGGUCGACACCGCGUCCAUCUCGGAGGUCCGCCCAGUCAGCCUCGACGUCCGCCGCUCGCCUCUCUCUGAUGUCGCCGACGCGCUCCGCCGUCCCGUCUCUCGCUAA